AUGACAGAUAAUCUUGUGAUAAUUGGAAUAGAUUUAGGAAGUGAAAAAAUUGUUAUCUCUAAGUGGGAGGGUGUUACACCUAAUUUCUUAAAGCCAUCAAUAGAAAGUCGCUUUCAAGGGAGUGCUACUUAUACCACAUCAUUCCAAUUUAAUGAAAAGAGCAUACUUGAUAAUGAAUUAAAGUUUCCAGAAAGAGUAAUUCAUCAUGUUUGUCAAUGGCUUGGAAAUAGAAGACCAAGUAUUAUCAAAGGAAAAGAAUGUGUUAAUGGAUGUUUUGAUUGUGAACAUUUUGGAGAAGUUCGUAUUGAAGUUAUUUUAUCAAUGAUGAUAAAAAGUUAUUUAGACGAAUUAAAAAUAGAUAAAAUAGAUCAAAUGGUUAUUAGUGUCCCUUAUACAUUUGGUUUUCUUGAAAGAAAACAAAUUAAUGAAGCAAUGUCAUUAAUUGGAUUUAAUGAUGUUGUUAUUAUUGGAGAAGAUGUAGCAUCAAGUGUAUCAUAUUUAUUUAAUAUGUAUUGUAUUAAAAUUCUAGAAAUACCAGGUUUUAUUAAGCCAUUAGUUUUAUUAGAUGUUGGGUCAAGUCAUACAUUUUGUCAGUUAUGUAUUUUUGAUAGAAAUAAAAUUCUUUUGGUUUCAAGAAGAAGUAUUGAAUUUGGAGGACAGAAUAUUGAUGAAGAAUUAAGAGCUUUAGUAAUGAAUAAAAUCAAAGAAUUAGAUGAUGACGAUGUAAAAGAAUUUAUGGAAGAAAAUGGUGGUGAUGAAAAAAAGAUGAAAAGACUAGAAAGUAAAGUUCAACAGAGUUUAAUUAAAUUAAAGACAUUAUUCUGUAAUGGUGGUGUGAAUGAAGGAACACUUAACAUUGACCUAUCAAGUGAAGUAACCGCAGUCGUAGAAGUUACAAUAGAAGAUAUGAAUAAAGUGAUGUCAAAAAUACUUGAAGAGACAAAAAGAGUCAUUGAAGAAGUUAUAGAAGAAGGUAAGGAUAAAAUGAAGUCUAUGGAUAUUGAAAAUAAAAUUCAGGAAGUUUGCAUUAUUGGGUCUUCUGGAAGAAUUUCUCUUUAUAGAACAUUAAUUGAAAGGAUAGGACUAACUCCAUUAAUGGUUCUUGAUAAUGAGACAUGCAAUAGUUGUGGUGCUUGUUGUGUUGCAAAAAAACUUAGUAUUAGUUCUGAUGAUAUAGAAAAAUAUCAGAGUGAUACAAAUCCUGAAGAGUCUCAAAAAGUUCAUUCAAUUAAAUUCUUUUAUAUUGACCGUUGGAUAGAGAAAGGAGAAUUUCAAAUUAAUGGACAAGAAUAUCCAGAAAAUUCAUUUCUAUUUAGAAAUUAA